CUUUGAAGGAUUUUUCUACUUCCUUCAAAUAAAAUAUACCAUAGCCCAUAUUGAGUUCAAGAAAAUAAACUCCACAUUAACUUUGCAAUUAUGCAUGGAUUUUUUAAUCAGAUAUAGCAUUAUAUUAAUACUUCAUAGAACCAUUCAUCUUUCAUUUUCUUUCUAUUUCUUCAUCUGAUUAUUAUCACACCGUGUGUUCUCUUUUUCAGACAUCCAUGGCAUCUUCUUCCUCUUUUGCGAAUAAUUCACAGUACCAUACUCGAUGGAAGUAUGUUGUGUUUAUAAGUUUUAUAGGCGAGGAUACUCAUAAAACAUUUACGGGUCACUUGUAUGAAGGUUUGAAAAACCAGGGAAUAUUCACCUUUCUAGAUGAUAACAGGAUAGAGGAUUCUAUUCCAGAAGAAUGCCUCAAAGCUAUCGAAGUGUCCCAAUUUGCACUCGUUGUUUUCUCAAAGAAUUUUGCUACAUCGAGGUGGUGCUUGAAUGAACUAGUGAAGAUCAUGGAAUGCAGUCUCAAAGAAAACGGACAAACAGUCAUACCGAUCUUCUAUGAUGUGGAUCCAUCACAUGUUCGAAAUCAAACUGGGGACUUUGAAAAAUCAUUUGACGAAUAUGAACUAAAGUAUAAGGAUGAUGUUGAGGGGAUGCAGAAGGUGCAAAGAUGGAGAACUUCCCUAACUGCUGCCGCAAAUCUAAAAGGACAUGAUAUCCAUGAUGGGAAUGAAUCAGAGGAAAUUCAGCAGAUCGUCGACCAAAUCUCUUCCAAACUAUGCAAGAGUGGUUAUUCUUUAUCUUCUUUGCAAGAUGUUGUGGGAAUAAAUGCUCAUUUAGAGAAAUUAAAAUCCCGACUUCAGAUAGAAAUCAAUGAUGUUCAGAUGAUAGGGAUCUGGGGAAUAGGAGGAGUUGGUAAAACGACAAUUGCAAGAGCCAUCUUUGAUACUCUAUCUUAUCGAUUCAAAGCUGCUUGUUUUCUUGCAGAUGUUAAAGAAAAUGGAAAAAAGAAUCAAUUGCAU